AAGCGCGUGCAUGUUUGAUGUUUGAAAGAGAGAGAGAGAGAGAGAGAGAGAGAGAGGCAGUUGGUGAAUGGCGCGAAAGGCAACAAGAUUUCGUUAUUUGGGGAGGAUAAAAAUGUCGAAAACGUCGCUCGGCCUUCCGUCCGGGCCUCUAUCGGAAAUCCUAAUUCAAUUCCUCUCAAUCCCCAAUUCGCCUCUUUCCUCCGCUCAUCGUUUCCUCCUCUCCUCCCCCUCCUCUCCCCUCCAAACAGAAGCACCUACGACAAAGGGAAGGAAGAAGGAGAGUGAGAGACAGAAGAAAGAACGGGUUUACCUGCGCUUCCAAUUCCUGUUGCAAUCGACCCAUUUAAUCUAGGUGCACAUUUCUAUCCUUACAAUGCAAUGGAAUUCGAAAUCCUUACAUAUUCUAUAUCUUCCACACUUGCAGAAUAUUAUCCUUAGGGAUGACAUGUUAUAGGAAGCCUGAAACCUGUGUCUGAUUCCAUAACAUUAAUCAUGGAAUCUGGGCACGGCAGUGGCAGUGCCAAAGAUCCAGGAGCCACUUCUGAUGAAGGUAAUUUUCUUCUCUCAGGGAAAAAACCACGCCCAUCGUCAUUGUCAUCAUCAUCAUCAGAUUCACUUGACGAUUUGUUCCAAGUGGAUAAAAGUUUACUUAAAAUCGAAUCUAUCGAUAUGGCCGCUUUUAAAGAUGAUGAAAAUUCCUCUCACUCGUCAAGUGAUUUUGAGGACGGAACACCACAACUGACAUCCUCACCGGAAUUAUCUGAUGCCAAUGCUGAAUUUAACUUCGACUGUGAUUCUACAAAGCAGUCCCCUCAAAUCCAAAUGAUGGACCGACCUGAAGAUCCUGAUCCAUAUAGGAUCCCGUCUUCUGUAUUUGCAAGAAGCAAGUCCAAAACACCUAUGGAAUGGAGUGUGGCUUCCAACGAGUCAUUAUUCAGCAUCCAUGUUGGUAAUAGCAGUUUCUCCAGAGACUUUUUGAUGGGUAGAUCUGAUGAGCUGGGCAGAUCUGGGGAUUUGAGUUUUCCAGGUAGUCCAUCCCCAGUCAGUAUGUCACCGAGUUAUGGUAACAACAAUACAGAUUUGGGGGAUAGCUUAGGUGUGGCUGAAGCAGCAGCUGAAACUAUGAAGGAGGUCAUAAGGGCAACAGCUGAAAAGGAAAGUGUACCUUCUGCUGAGGUCGUCCGUCAGUCGUCUCACCGUUCUGAUGUGAGUGGAAGCAGCAUCAAGUCUUUUGCUUUUCCCAUAUUGACAGCGGAAGGUGGUAGAAAUGGUUCAGUGAAGGUUGAAUCGGAUGAAACGCAGCAGCCACAACCACAGCCCACAACAGAAGCCCCAAAACCAGCACAGACCAGUUGGUUUUCUUGUUUCUCCUGUUGCCCAUUCUGUUCCUGAGAGUGUGUGUGUGUUCCAGAUUCUCCAGUAAUGAACAUCCUUAAAGAUGUGUCUCCAUCCGCAGAUGCAUGCCUGCCUAACGCCCUGUAGAUUAUAAGUAUUCAAAAAUGGGGACCUCUACAUGAAAUUCAUGACUUGAUUCCUAGCAUCAUAGGUCCUGUCAAAUUGCAAAUGCUGUCGCGUCCACUUGUUCUAAUCUUAUCUCAUUGGUUAGUUUAGCAUCCUCUUAAUCUAGUUUUUAGUUCAGAUAUGGUUUCCUUCUCUUUUCUUUUUCUUUUGGUUUUAUUUGGUUGUAUGUGAGAACAGUUUGUGGACAGCACCAAGAGAUGAAGAAUAAGAAGUAAGAUAAGGAAGGGAAUGGCUUAGGAAUCUCCAUACAAUUAUCUAUUCGAUGCUGUAAAGAAUGAAAGGAAACUCGUAUCUGGUUCUGGUUUAGUUUUAACUGCACCUGAGUUGUACCUCCAUGUACAAUAGUAGUGGUAUUUAGAAACUUGUUAUUUUUAUA